CCUUGCAUAUACCUUUACAUCCCAAAAAGGAAAAUAAAAUGAAAAAAGAAAAAUAAUAGUUGAAAGUUUGAGAGAAAUGCAUGGAGGUUAGAAACGUCCAGAAACAUCUGUCAAGUUUGAGAGUUCGAUUCGCUAAUAUCAAUGAUCUGAAUAUUGUGAAAUAAUUAAUUAAAUAUUAUAAUGGGCUUGUUAACCGUGUUGAAAAAGUUGAAGCAGAAGGAAAAGGAGAUGCGAAUUUUAAUGUUGGGUUUGGACAAUGCGGGAAAGACCACAGUGUUGAAAAGACUCAAUGGCGAACCAAUAGAUACUAUAUCACCUACACUUGGCUUCAAUAUCAAGACUUUAGAACAUCGUGGAUACAAACUCAAUGUAUGGGAUGUGGGUGGACAAAAAUCAUUGCGUUCAUAUUGGAGAAAUUAUUUUGAAUCUACAGAUGGACUUGUUUGGGUAAUAGACAGUGCGGACAGAAGGAGAUUGGAUGAUUGUAAAACAGAGUUAUACAAGCUUUUGCAAGAAGAGAGAUUAGAGGGAGCGAGUCUCCUUGUAUUUGCAAAUAAACAAGAUAUGCCUGGUGCAUUAUCUGCAUCUGACAUAGCAGAAAUUUUAGAGUUACCUAAUAUAAAGACUCAUCAUUGGCAAAUCUAUAAGUGUUCUGCUGUGACAGGUGAAAAUCUAGUCGAUGGUAUCAAUUGGAUCAUAGAUGACAUUGCAGCAAGAAUAUUUUACAUAGAUUAAAUUUACAACACAUCGCAAUUUAUAUUUCUUACCUCAUUAAAUGCAAAAAU